AUAAUCCUACCUGGCUGGGCUGAUUCUGGGCUGACUGCCCGGCGAGUGGAACCUUUGUUGUGUUUGCAGUUUCUCACACGGACGGAUUUUACUAGACGGACUGAUGUCAUCAUACAUGCUAACUAUUAGCUCACUUUACGAAUGUAGAAUUUAAAUAUAUACAGAAUAAACGUACGCAUCCAUACUUUUAAGGACUGCACCUGGUUUUCCUUCCUAUAUAAAGCGUUGAAGAAUAAUCGCCGAUUCCAUAAUAGCGUUUAUAUACUUUAUUAUUGAGUUAGUGUGUGCUAUUCUGUAAGUGACAGGUACUGCAUGUUUCUCGGUCGCUAUCGUUGUAUUGAGAAGUCAUCCCCGAGGCUCACUGUAAGGAGACACGAUGGAGCUCCAAGCUGUGUUGAUGGCAGCUGGUGGGGGUUCUCGUAUGAUGGAUCUGACGUACAACACCCCUAAGCCGAUGCUGCCAGUGGGCAACAAGCCUCUCAUGUGGUACCCACUGAACCUGCUGGAGAGGGUUGGCUUCGAAGAGGUCAUCGUGAUCACCACCAAGGAGGUGCAGAAGAUGAUGAGCACGGACCCCAAGAUGAAGCUGGAGGUGAAGAUGAAGCUGGACGUGGUGUGUAUCCCGGAGGACACCGACAUGGGAACCGCCGACGCUCUCCGGCACAUCCAGCAGAAGAUCAAGACAGACAUCCUGGUGAUGAGUUGCGACCUGAUCACGGACGCAGCGCUGCACGAGGUGGUGGACCUGUUCCGGGCACACAACGCCACCCUGGCCAUGAUGAUGAGCAAGGCCCACGAGUUCACGGAGACCGUCCCCGGGCAGAAGGGCAAGAAGAAGACCGCCGAGCAGAGGGACUUUGUGGGGGUAGAUGAAUCGGGCAAGAGACUGCUUUUUAUGGCCAACGAGGCAGAUUUGGAGGAGGGGCUAUCGAUUAGGAAGUCCAUCAUGAGGAAACAUCCCCGGAUGCACAUUAAGACCGGCCUGGUGGACGCCCAUCUCUACUGUCUGAAGAAGUCGGUUGUGGACUUCCUGGCUGAGAACAAGUCGAUCUCGUCCAUCCGCGGCGAGCUGGUGCCCUACCUGGUGCGUAAACAGUUCUCCAAGGCCGCCAACAGCCAAACGACUAAAGACGAGGCAGACGAACAGAGCCAGAAACAAAAAGACGGCAACGUCAACCUUGAUCUGCACAUUCUGUCGCGGGACGAGCCGUUGCUGCAGCUGGCCCAGGCCUACUCCUGCUGGAACGACCACCGCGGCGACAUGAGCGACGCCUACCACGGCGGGACGCUACGCUGCUACGUGCACAUCAUGGAGCAGGGCCUGUGCUACCGCGUCAACACGCUGGCCGCCUACAUAGAAGCCAACCGGCUGGCCCCCAAGCUGUUUGAGGAGCCUGCGGUCCACCCUUCUGCCGUCGUCUCCGAGAGGUGUCUGAUUGGGUCGGACAGCAUCAUCGGGGCAGGGGGCCAGAUAGCAGAGAAGACCUCCAUAAAGAGGUCCACCAUCGGCAACUCUGUCACUGUGAAGGAGAAAGUUAAAGUCACCAACUCCAUCGUCAUGCACGGUGUCACCAUAGAAGAAGGGUGAGACACACACAUAUGUAUGUUCACACACAUGUCCACACACACGUUUUCCCUAUAUUGUAGCAAACUGGGGACCUAGGUAGCACACUUCGGGGCCAGGAAAGGACGAUGUGUGUGAAUGCUAGCAGACGAUGCUAGCAGUGACACUAAAUGGCUCUCUCCGCUAAUCCGUCUUGUGCUAACCAAGUUGCCAUUUAGCCAGCUUCUUUAAUCUCCUGUAAUUCUCUUAUUAUCUCAGUCUAGCUCCUGGUGUAAAAACAGCUAAGACGCUGCACAUGCAUUUAAAAAAGCCUUCCUUGGUUUCUUAUUCACUUGACAAAAUUGGGUUUUUAAGUGAUUUUCAGGAAAUGUCCUAAAACUAUAAGGAUAAUUGUAGAAUCGUAUUUGACGUCCCAAUGUCGAAUCUCAGGAAAUCAGUCAAAUUACACAUCGGGUUAAACUGAAAUUGUUGAACAAUUUUCAAAAUCAACAGUAGUGUCCAAGCUUGUCUAAACACAAACCUCAGUUCAAUAGAUCUUUAGUGUUUUGGAGACGCGUGCUGGGUGCUCAACAUGCCCCAUGGCAGACAGUGGGAACGUCUUGUACUUGCACCAGUCUGGAUCAGAGGGUGUUACCCACUCAAUAAGCCCUGGUUGCCUGCUUUAUUCAUGACUGGGCCACUUGGUUACAGUCCAUCACAAUAUUAUCUUGUUCCAAAAUGUUGGCAGUUCCUGUCAAUGAGCGGGAUUUGUUAGUCAUCAGCCAGCAAACAUCGCACCAUUGUUUGUUUUGUCUUCUUUUGAAUAUGUUCACAAGACGACAACGAGCGGCCGUUUUAUUUACGCGUUGUCACCUGGCAACCUUAUAGAUACAACCUGCACAGAUCUCUUAAAAAUAAGUAUUGAACCCUUUGUGUUAACAAAUGCGUGUUUUGCAAUCUAGAAAUAACCUAGGUCAGAGGUGGGCAUGAAAGUUGCGUUUCGGGACAAUCUUUUUUUUUUUUUUUUUGCUAUAAGGUGGCAUGCCAGAGCAUAAAUAGAGGCAGAAAUCCAUUGAAUGUUUUUAAUUAUGUUUUCAAUUUUCACUCGUUCACAUAGUGUUUUGGGAAGAAUUGCAAAACAUCGAAUUUACCCCUUUUUCUCUAAAUUGGGGUCGUACUUCGGUAACAGAGAUACAAUGGCAUAGCUCACUAUGUCGACGAUCAAGUAAUA